AUGACCUCCAAGUGCCUCAUGGAAAGCCACUUGAUGAUGGGAAAAAAGCAAUUUUAUCUGUCAGCACCCUGUGAUGAUGUGGAUGCAAAGCUGGGAUUCUCUACCAGAGCCCCUCCUGGCUGUGACUGUGACACUGAGAAUCCUGGGAAUUUGUGUUCCCUAGAUGGGUUUGUGUUUGCGUUGAACCAAGAGGGAAAAUUCCUUUACAUCUCUGAGACGGUGUCUAUUUACCUUGGGCUCUCUCAGGUGGAGCUGACGGGGAGCAGCAUAUUUGACUACGUCCAUCCAGGGGACCACCCAGAAGUUGCCGAACAGCUGGGGCUGAAGCCUCCAUCGGGACUCUCCCCCCAGAGUCGCCCCAAAGCCUCUGGGCUGUCUGCCGCUGGGCUAUCAGAGGCCUCUGAAUCGGACCCUGCUGCUCCCCGUCCUGCAGACGCUGAUGCCUUGGAGUGUUCCUUCUUCGUCCGCCUAAAAUCUACCCUGACCAAGAGGGGGCUUCACGUGAAGACUUCUGGCUACAAGGUGAUUCACGUGACGGGCCGCCUGCGCCCACGCCUGUCCUCCUUCUCCCACACCCACUCAGUGCUGGGCCGAGUGAUGGGCAUGGUGGCCCUGGCUCACACCCUCCCGCCUUCCACGCUGAGUGAAGUCCGCAUCGAGUGCCACAUGUUCGUCUUCCGGGUCAACAUGGACUUGCAGAUCGUGUACUGUGAGAGCAGGAUCAGCGAUUACAUGGACUUGUGCCCCUCGGAACUGGUCGGCAAAAGCUGUUACAGAUUCAUCCACGGCGAGGACGUGGAGGGCAUCCGGCAAAGCCACCUGGACCUGCUAAACAAGGGCCAGGUGGUGACCCGCUAUUACCGUUGGCUGCAGAAAAACGGGGGCUUUGUGUGGGUCCAAUCCUGCGCCACCAUCUCGGUCAACGUCAAGAACCCGAGCGAGAAGAACAUGGUCUGGGUCAACUACAUCCUCAGGUAA